ACCCUGCAGCAUGGCACGAAAGCGGGUGGCCUGCGAGGAGCAGCUGGGCCAGCGGCGCCCCAAGAAGUCCCGGAACCAGGAGGCGGAGCUCGAUGUAUUUGAAGAUGAGAAGCCAAAGAAAAUCCGUGUCCCCAGAGUCCCAGGUGGGAAAAGGAAGAAAAGGAGCAGUAGCCCUGGGGGGCCCUCAAUCAGUGCAUCAAAGAAGGUGGGAGCCAAGGCAAAAAAGAAAUCUGAAAACCAUCCCAGCGUGAAGGAGGAAGCCUCUAGUGAGGAAGAUGAUUUCACGAACUUUACAAGUGUUCCAAAGAAGGAGAUCCCACCAAAGAUAGAACCAUCAUUUAAAAAAGACAGCAGUGAGGAAAAUGAUGAAGAUGAAAGUGAAGAUGACUGGGAGGAGGUUGAAGAACUUAAUGAGCCCGGACCAGAUGAAGUGGGAGAAACCGCAGCCGCCUUUAGACCAGCUCUGCCUGCCGAGCCAGUGGAGAUAGAGAUUGAAACGCCGGAGCAGGCAAAGGCGCGCGAGAGGAGAGAAAAAAGGCAGGUGGAAUUUGAGACGUACCUUCGGAGAAUGAUGAAGCGCUUCAAUAAGGAAGUCCGUGAAGAUACACAUAAGGUCCAUCUGCUUUGUCUACUAGCAAAUGGUUUCUUUCGGAAUACUGUCUGUAACGAGCCAGACCUCCAAGCCAUCGGCCUCUCCAUCGUCCCAGCUCACUUCACCAAAGUGCUUCCUAAUAAAGUGGAUGAGUCUUACCUUUCAAAACUGGUAAAAUGGUUCAUCGCCACGUUCACCGUCAAUGCCGAGCUUUCCACGGAUGAGCGAGACAGCUUGGGUUCCACCUUGGAAAGGCGCUUUGCUAUUUAUUCAGCGCAAAAUGAGGAAGAAUUGGUCCAUAUAUUUCUGUUGAUACUACGAUCACUGCAGCUUCUGACCCGGCUGGUGUUGUCUCUGCAGCCCAUUCCUUUGAAAUUGCUAGCUGCAAAGGGCAAGAAAAAGUCCCAGGACAAUUCCUUAAAGAAUGCUAGAAGUUCUUCUCAGUCCCCCAGCCAAAAGAUCCAGACCCAAACUAAAGCAGAGACCAGCCCAGGACAAGCCGUAGCCUCUUGUAGGCGGGCAGCAGAGAGCAAAAAGUCAGCGCCCGCCAAGACAGCCGCGGGCAGGAAGAAUCAGCCCCCCCCCGGCAAGGAGAAGCCGGGCGCCCAGAGACCCGCCCGGGAGCGGCGGAGGAUGCCGAAGGUGUCCUACAGGGAGGAGAGCGGCAGUGACGGGGCCCGGAGCAGCGCCGACUCGGAGCUCUCUGGCGAGGACGACGGGGGCUCCUCUGAUGAGGAGUCUCGGCCUGGCCCCCGGAGACCGCGGAGGCCGCCGGCGUCCCUGAGGAGAGGGGCGGCGCCGGGGGGCAGCCCGCCAGCAAAGAGCCAGAGAGCAGGCGGUCCGGCCUCCGCCCUUCCGGCAGCGCCCCCCGAGGCCUGCCCCGGCACCAAGAGGGGCAAGAUCCUUUCUAGCGAUGAAGCAGAAGAAGACGACGACGUCAGGAAGGCGACUGGUGUGGACCAGUGGCUAGAAGUGUUCUGUGAGGGGGAGGAUAGGUGGGUAUGUGUCGAUUGUGUCCAUGGCGUGGUGGGCCAGCCCCUGGCCUGUUACAAAUACGCCUCCAAGCCCCUGUGCUACGUCGUGGGCAUAGACAACGCUGGGUGCGCCCGGGAUGUCACACAGCGCUAUGACCCGGCCUGGAUGACAGCUACCCGCAAGUGCCGAGUAGACUCAGAGUGGUGGGCUGAGACCCUGAGACCCUACCAGGGCCCUUCCGGGGCCAGGGAGAGCAAAGAAGAGCUGGAGUUUCAGGCGAAGCUAGAGAGCCAGCCCUUGCCCACUGCUAUCGGCUUGUAUAAGAACCACCCACUUUAUGCCUUGAAGAGACAUCUCCUGAAAUACGAGGCCAUAUACCCAGAGAGUGCCGCCAUCCUUGGGUACUGUCGGGGGGAAGCUGUGUACUCUCGGGACUGUGUCCACACCCUGCACUCAAGGGAUACCUGGUUGAAGCAAGCGCGAGUGGUCAGGCUUGGGGAAGUCCCCUACAAGAUGGUAAAAGGGUAUUCCAAUCGUGCCCGGAAGGCUCGGCUGGCAGAUCCCCAGUUGCGGGACCAGGACGACCUGGGUCUGUUUGGCCACUGGCAGACCGAGGAGUACCAGCCGCCCGUGGCGGUGGACGGGAAGGUCCCGCGGAAUGAAUUUGGAAACGUGUACCUCUUCGUGCCCAGCAUGUUGCCCAUCGGCUGUGUCCAGCUGAAGCUGCCCAACCUGCAUCGAGUUGCUCGAAAGCUGGGUAUCGACUGUGUCCCGGCUGUUACCGGCUUUGACUUCCACAGCGGCUACUCACAUCCUGUAACUGAUGGGUACAUCGUGUGUGAAGAGUACAAGGAAGUUCUCUUGGCUGCCUGGGACAAUGAGCAGUCACUCAUUGAACAAAAGGAGAAAGAGAAAAGAGAGAAGAGAGUUCUGGGGCACUGGAAGUUACUGGUGAAAGGACUCCUCAUAAGAGAGAGAUUGAAGCUCCGCUUUGGUGACAAGGGUGAAGCUGUUGCAGCAACUUCAGAGGGAGGAGCAGGAUUCUCAUCGGAUGAGGAAGGAACCAGCUCACAGGCAGCAGCCAAAACUCUGGCUGCCUCCUGGCCCCAGAACCGAGAAACCGAAGAGCAGCAGAAACUGAAAGGAACUCGGAAGACCAAAAGGGAAAAGAAAGAGGAAGCCAAACACCUGUUUCCCUUUGAAAAGUUGUAAUUUUGAAUGAACAGCGGGGCCAGAUACUCUCCCACUCCCUAGCCAUGCGCUCCCCUGACUGCCCCAAACAAAAGCAGCUGGGUAGCAGUCCACUAGUUUAGUUAAGGAAAGGAAGAAGUGGUCCCAAGUCACUGGGAUGCUCCAGGUAUGCUGCAGGACUACUUCGACUACUUCUUGCAGAAGAGCAGAGCUUUCUUGAACCUUUUUAGUUUUCAAAGCUGGAUUAUUUUUUUACUUAGGAAUCUUACCUUUCAAGUGGUAUUUUUCAACAGUCUGACAAAUGCAAAAGUAAAUGGAUUUCUUUCGAAAUCCUGAAGAACUUUGGGCACAUACUGGUUAAUUUUCUUUUGGGAGAAGCACCAGAUUUUAAUAGAUUCUACCUGUGAUAAGUUAUGCACAUGCAAAAGCUCUCUGCUAUCCAUUUAAACACAAUUUCCAUUUAAUAAAUAGCCAUCUUCUUGCCUCAUUAACGUAUCUACAAAGACUUAACACAAAUUAUCUUUUCCUGGCCUUAACUGCCAUUUUUUUUCCUCUGAAUUGUCAUUAAAACAGAGGAAUUGCAGCUUAGUUCCUACUAUUAGGAUCUCUGGAUUCACUUUAGGAUGUAAGUACCUAUCAAAGGGCUAAAAUCAAUAAAUAAAUCCCACAAACAUCAAAUAAACAGCAAUAGUCUUGAGCCCCCACCUAUUAUACUAAAUAGAAAAUGUUUUACAUUGUAGAUAGUCAAGGAUAAUUGUUUUGAUCACUUUAAGAACAAUAAAGUUUAUAUAAAAACUGA